GAGGAGAUAUCACGGAAGUAAUUACUGGAGAAGCGUAUCCCUAUGAGGAGCUGGUUCUCUUGUUUGUCUCAGUUUGAAUUUUUUGUGUGUUAGAUGUGGGUACAGACUAAAGCUACUUGUGCUGAACUUCAUCAGAGAAAUGGCCAACGCACUACAAAGAAUAUGGUCAAGGAACAAUUCCUUUGGCAAGCAGCGAUCACUCCAGUUACGACGGGUUUCAUCUCAAGUGCCCAAUCAGAACAACGCUCAGUCCAACUGGAACUCUGGUCCUCAGGAGGACGAUGAAGAGAGUAACCAUGGGACGCGCCCGGAGCUCAGGAAUACUCAUCUGCCCAUGGCACUGAAGAGAGCUGUCUGGGCGGUGCAGCAAAUGCAGGUGCCUGUGGUUUCCACAGCCGACUCCUGGAGAUGGAAGAAGACCAAAUUUCUGCGUUAUGUCCGAAACAAAAAAAAAGAGGUUGUUCACUUUCUUGUGCCGUGGCACAAGACCUUGCAAAAGAUUGGAGGGAACUUUGGAGGUGGCGUCCAGUCUUACUUCCUGUUCCUGAGAUUCCUGGUGGUUCUCAAUUUUGUUUCUUUCUUGCUGAUUGCUGGAUUUGUCCUGAUCCCCAGCAUCGUCUUCAGAUCUGGGGCGACCCCCACCUCAAACAUGACAGGUACAGAGAUAUCUCUCACAGAUCCAGAGAAAUGCAUGCAUUAUGACCCUAAUCCUCAAGGCCUGGUGAAGUUCUAUAGUUACUUCCUCGACUUACUUUCAGGAACGGGCAUCAUAGAGUAUACCUACCUGUUUUAUGGCUACUACAGCAGCUCAGUGGUGGAGUUCGCAAACUUCUCCUACAACAUUCCCCUUGCCUACCUCUUCACUGCCGGCUUCUACUUUUUGUUUUGCCUCAUUUGCAUCAUAGCACGCAUGGGGAGUGCAGCUCGAGUUGCUGUGGCAACGGGAGACCGCACUGUGGGCACCUACAGCAUGAUCGUGUUCACCGGAUGGGACUAUGGUUACCUGGGAGACCGAGCUACAAAACUGAAGCAGAAAAACAUCCGCUACCGGCUACAGGUGGAUCUGGAGGAGGAGAGGAUAAAGAAACGGGCAGCGGCACUGGACAUGAAUAAAAAAAUUGCUUUGUACUCUGUCCGUGUUGUUAUGUUUCUUUUUGCAGCUGGGCUCAUUGCAGCGGCCUUCUAUUGCAUCUUCAGGGCCACCACGUUCAGCCAGGAAAUGAGCACGACUACAGGGAUUGUGGGUUUGUUUUUUGAGUAUCUGCCCUCCAUUGUCAUCACCGCUGGAAUCUUCCUGGUGCCUACGCUGUGUGACCAGAUCGCCUUGGUAGAGAAAUAUUCCCCCAGCACUACUAUCAUUCUGGCGCUAUUAAGGGCAGUGGUCUUGCGUCUGGUGAGUCUGGGCAUCCUAAUCUUUACUCUGUGGAGCCAGAUCACCUGCACCGGAAACCAAGGUCAUAAAAACUGUGAAGAGUGUCAGUACAAUGAAUUGUACCCGUGCUGGGAAACCCGCGUGGGACAGGAGAUGUACAAGCUGACGCUGUUUGACCUCCUCAUCACCAUUGCGGUGCUGGUUCUGGUUGAAUUUCCACGCAGGAUGGUGGUGGACCACUCGUCUAGUAAGUUGGCUCAGUGGGUGGGUCGCCAGGAGUUUGUGGUUCCCUCCAAUGUGCUCGGCCUUGUUUACGGUCAGACUGUGGUCUGGACAGGAGCUCUUUUUUGCCCCCUGUUGCCCCUCAUCAACACCAUCAAGUUUAUCAUCCUCUUCUACUGCAAGAAGAUCACACUCUUCUAUAACUGUCGACCAGCAGUGAAGACAUUUCGUUCUACCACCUCUGCCAUCUUUUUCCUGUUAGUGCUCCUGUUGGGUUUGGGCUUAGCGACCGCUGUCAUGAUUUACAGUGUUUCUGAGAUCCGCCCUUCCAGGGCUUGUGGGCCGUUCCGUUUCUCACAAAACAUGUGGAUGACUGUUCCUACCUCUUUCUACAACCUCUCCACAGUUACACAAGAGUUUCUGUUCUUCAUUGGCUCCCAGGCAUUCUCCAUCCCUCUUUUUGCAUUAUCAUGUGUGAUCAUGUUCUACUUCAUAGCUUUAGCUUCUGUCUAUGGUAAAAGUGUUGCACUGCUGAGAAAUCGGCUUAAAUUGGAGGAACAAGACAAGCAGUUCUUGGUCAAGCAGAUUCAGAAGCUGAGUUGUCACAUACCACAGCACAAUGCAGGAGUGCAAGACUGAACAUGUGGACCAUGUUUGGCUUCUGCAAACCUCCUUAUCUCCUUAUUGUCUUGAAAAAAAAAAGAGAUAAAUGUAUGAAAAUCAGUGUAAAUUGUUUAAUGGUUAAGCUACAGAAAUGCCUUUAAUAUAGUUGCAAAGUUGUACUUAUUUUGUUUGUCCAAGAAAAUCCAUUUGUACGUGUUCUUUCUUUUGCAUAAUAAAAUGAGAGGACUUAAAGCGCCA